AUGCAUGAGAAAUAUAAGGACUUAAAAAUAUUACAAUCAAUUGCCGAAGAAGUAGCGCAAAAUAAGUUCUGGAUGCCCCCAGGAAAGGCUCUGGGUGGACAUUCGGUCAGAAUGUGUUCCAUCGUUUGUCGUGGAGCGCCACAGUCGCAAGCUGGACUAUUACCAACACCAUUGAUUGAAGAAAUAAGAAGACGCAACCUUAUGGACAAUUUUGUGGCACAAAACAUGUCCGAGAUCCGAGAUGUAGCUGGCAUUACCGUUACCUGUCCGAGAUUUAGUUUACCUGUAAGCGGGACGUUACACAAUACGGGUCAGUCCCUCGUGUUCCGAGUGGACAAGGACACGAAGCAGCACGUGAAUAUUUCAGGAGGGCCUCUGGCGUACCGCUACCAAUUCGAGGAGAUAUACAUCCACUACGGUACGGACAAUCAGCAGGGCUCCGAACACCACAUCCAGGGCUAUUCCUUUCCAGCAGAGAUCCAAUUUUACGGAUUUAACAAAGAAUUAUACCACAAUAUGUCGGAGGCACAACAUAAAUCACAAGGCGUGGUGGCUAUUUCACUAAUGGUUCAGAUUGGAGACACGCCGAAUGGAGAACUCAGGCUGAUUACCACCGUGUUUAACAAAGUAACGUAUAAAGGUGCGGCCACACCGGUCAAGCACAUCUCGCUGCGGGCAAUGCUGCCCGACACCGACCACUUCAUGACGUACGAGGGCUCGACGACGCACCCUGGCUGCUGGGAAACCACCGUGUGGAUCAUCCUUAAUAAGCCCAUUUAUAUUACCAAACACGAGCUGUACCAGCUCCGAAAAUUAAUGCAGGGCUCCGAAGACGCGCCAAAGGCUCCGCUGGGAAAUAACGCGCGCCCCGUUCAGCCCCUGCACCAGAGGACGAUUCGAACGAAUAUUAACUUUAAAAACGCAGAGAUAAAUCACUGUCCAUCAAUGCACAAAGAAAUGUACUAUAGAGCUAACAAAUGGCCACAGAACAUCAAGGACCACAAUCCGUUCCACAGCCUGCAGUCUUUACAUUUAGGAUAGAACAUAAACAAAUUGGAUUUGUAAAAAUAGACUCAAUCGAUGAUCAGUACGAUUCAGCAUUUUAUAAACCUGUCAGCUAAGAAGGGAUUCUAAAUCAUACUAUUGUUACCGAUGCCGUGCAUUCUUCAAUUAGAAUACUUUUUAAGAAUACUAACUUGUUACAUCAACGAAACUACUAUACAGGGAAAGAUACAACAUUUUUUAUGGAUAUAUGUGGAGUGGCAAUAUGCUUAAUUUAAUAAUAUUUUGAAAUGUACAGGAUGUGUCAGAACUAAGAUACAUACCAAAGUUACAU